UAAAAUUUAGUACAUCCCUAUAAUCAAAAUUCCUACUUCGAAAAAGAAGACAAAAUGGCUGACACAAGAACAACGCAUGUCACGUACUACGGCCCAGACCAAGAGAACAUAGGGCCAUUCAGGACACUUCUAGUCUUCACUCUCCUGAUGGUGACAGCUCCUAUAGGCCUUUACUUCCUGUCUAAGACAAUAGUGUUUGAAGGGAUGCUAUCUAUGGAGGAGAAUGAUGCAUACUUCUACGGUGCCAUUACUGCUGUGGUGGUUGUUCACAUCAUCCUGAUCAUGUUUGUGGUGGUGGCCUUCAGGGAAAAACCAAAGGCUGGAUUCCCACUCAAACAGGACUAGUGUACACCAUAUCAGCAAGGAUGAUUAUCAAGGCAUUUUUCAAGUCUUUGGGGAAAAGGAUACAUUUCUAUCUAGACAAAAGUUUUGUCAAUUUGAAAUAAAGUGAAUGAAAAGUGAUGUCUUCAGGGUUGGACAAGUUUUCUAAAAUUCACUUGUCCUAUCGGGCAAGUGUAUAAAAAAUUUACUUGCCCGAACUAACUUUUCAUUUGUCUGGGCAUUGACCAAUGCUCGAUGCUAUGACUGUGAAAAGUAACAAGUAUAUUAAAAUCUCUCUCAUGGAAAAAUCUUACUUGCCCGAUCGGACAAAGGGGAUAGGACAUGCACUUGCCCUGGACAAUCGGGCAAGUGGACUUGUCCAACCCUGGUCUUUAUGUACCAUUCACGCUUACUGGUAUCAGACAUACCUGAUUUAACAUAUAAAAUGUACUAGAAAAUUUUAAGGGUUAGUAAUGCAAGGCUAAAAUCAAAUUACACAAAAUACCUGCACCAGGCAAAUGUCACAUGUUGGAUUUACCACUGGCUGGAAAGUUGGUUUUAUUAUUUGUAUGAUAAAUACUAGUACCCACACAUUCUGCUACAAUUUUACAUGAAUUAAACUGUAUAUGCAGCAGGCAGUAUUUAAGGCCCUAAUAUGACUUUUGUGCCUAGACCUCUGGUUGUUUAUAUGCAAACAUUUGUACCGGUCUGCAAUUUGAUAAGUAGUAGAUAUGAUCAACUUGGAGGUUAUGCUGUAGUGACUUUGUAAAUACUGUACAAUCAUGUAUAUCAUGUAUGAACAGAAUUGCAUUGUGAAGGUAUUGCAGUUACAGGUUUGACCAGUCAUAGAUGUAUACAAUCAAGAAUGUUUUAUUUUUAUGAUAGUUUGCCCAGUCCAAUUUGAUUUGUAAAUGUACAAUGCACAUAUGAA